AUGACUACCAUCAUAAGUAUGUUGCAUGCCCUCUUUGAACAGUUAGCCAUAAGAGAAUUGCCCCUCAUGGAAUGGAGGUUGGUUUGGGCCUCCACUUGCACGUCGGAAAGCCUGGCCGAUGGCAGGACUGCCGAAUGGACUGGCCAGCGUCGUAUUAUUCAAGAUGAGCUCCAUCCAGACCAGAUUGCUAGAGAAGAUGCAGGUUUACCUUCAGAAAACUCCAUAAUGUGCUCCGCCUACACGCAGCUUGCUGUAUCUGAUACAUACUCUGCCGAGUCAAGAUCUCGACACGUCCUCCAUUUAUUAUUCUGUGCUGUUUGUACUGUACUGUACAGUACUCCGUAUUGGCAGUAG